AUGGCCGAGACUGCUACUCCUGAAGUUCUUUGGGCCCAGCGCUCUCCUCAAUCUGUCGAAGACGAGAACAACUUCGUCUUCUUGACCAUCAACGUCCCUGAUGUCUCCAAGGACGAUAUGCAGCUCGACCUCAAGCCCGAUUGCCUUACCUUCACCGGCACCUCUGGUACCUUGAAGCGCAAAUACCAUGUUGAGCUGCCUUUCUACGCCGAGAUUGACCCCAAAGAGAGCAAAAUCCAUCACACCGACAAGAAUAUUGAGAUAAAGAUUCAGAAGAAGGAGAGCAAGAAGGAGUACUGGCCGCGACUUCUCAAGGACUCCAAGAAACCCCACUUCGUCAAGACCGACUUUGACAAGUGGGUUGACGAGGACGAACAGAACGAAGCAGCCGAGGAUGACUUCUCGCAGUUUGGCGGCAUGGGUGGCAUGCCAGGAAUGGGCGGUGACUUUGGCGGUAUCGACUUCUCCAAGCUCGGUGGUGCUGGAGGCAUGCCCGACCUUGGCGCCAUGGGAGGAGAGGAGGGCGAGGAAGGCGAGGACAGCGGUGACGAUGACGAUGACGACAUGCCUGCGCUGGAGGGCGAGGGCGAGGGCGAGGGCGCUGCCAAGAAGGAGUAA